CUCGUUCGAGCGGCUGUGUCAGUUCACAAAGUUAGUGCAUUAUGCAUUAAGCGUUCGCGCGUCAUGUCGCUCUUCAACGUUUGCAACUGGUGGCACACACAGUCCUCCGAUCUGGAGGAGAACUAUGAUGUAGCCAGUUUACUGUGCGCUCGCUUCGGACUUGACGAUAAUGAAAAGGACUAUGUGGUUGUGGGUUCGCAUAGCGGUAACUUGAGCAUUUUCUAUCCACGCUUGGAUCAAAAUCGACGCCAUGAAGAUGGUGAGGCUUUUAGACCGACCGACUUGCUGUUGGAGGUGAAUCUUAAAGCGCCGAUACUGGGCAUAUAUGCGGGGCGGUUUAGUGGUGGACAAUUGGCUGAUGAAAAGCACAAUCAACUUGCCGUUUUACAUCCGCGUUCGGUGUCCAUUUAUAAGCUCCAGACCAUUGGUGGCGUCGCUGAGCAUGGCGCCCAGCUACGUCUGGUUUCUUUGGCCGAUUAUAAGCUGAAACGUGGUGCGUUGGCGUUGACGAAGGGUGCUUUUGGGCGUGUCAAGGGACGUGAGUUCUUCUGUAUUACGCAUUUGGAUGGCACGCUGACGUUCCAUGAGCAGGAUGGUAUUUUGUACGAAUGUCAAUUGCCGGGUAAUCGUGCAUUACCUGUGCCAGUUGUCUAUUGUGAACGGACGGAUAGCUUUUUUCGCUUUACAGCCGGUUGGAAUUUGGAGUGUUUUACUACUUUGACAGCGUUCCAAGCCACCACGGCCACGGCCAAGCAAGUUUUCAAACGGUUCGCUGAAAACUGUCCAGAAGAUGCCACACUCUUUGACUUGCGGCAAUAUCGUCAGCACAUUCUGCACGAACACAAUAAACGUCGCAACUUUGUAGCGCUCGGCGAGCUACCCGGCUACUAUCCAGCCGCGCGCAUGGCCACCAUGGUGUGGGAUGAAGAACUCGCCUUUUUGGCAUCACUGAAUUUGAAAAUGUGUUAUGUGGAGCACGAUGAUUGCAAUAAUUCCUAUCGUUUUCCGAGUGUGGGACAAAAUCUUUCGGGCGUUGAUCGUCGCCACGACUUGGAAGCCAAUGUGACGGAUAUCAUAGCCAUGUCGAUGGGUUUAUGGUUUGGCGAAUAUCCACUAAUCGAUAGCAGUUACAUACGCUCAUUUCGUGUUUCAUCGAAUUUCGAAAAGUAUGGCCACUUCGCAGAAAUGAUGAUCGAUCGCAAUACUCAUGUCGGCUGCGCCAUGUCACGCUACACACACCCCGCCUACCCUUUUCUGUACAUCUACAAUACAGCCUGCAAUUAUGCAAGUAAAUAUGCAUUGGAAACGCCGGUUUAUCGGGUGGGCGCAUCCGCUUCGGAAUGUACAACCGGCCCCAAUUCAAAAUAUCCCGGCCUCUGUUCGGCGAAAGAGAAAUUCAAUCCAAAUUAUAAUUAAUUACUAUUUACAGUACGCAUCCCCAGAAUAAAAAUAAAUAAA